AUGUCAACUGUUUUGCAGGUUAUCUCAAGAAAGGAUCAAGAACAAUACUGGGACCAAACUGGACAAACCUUCGACUUCGUUUCUAUUGAUACGUUCUCGAGAAAAUUUAAGGAAUCUCCUAUUGGAAAGAAUCUAAACGAGGAGAUUUCUGUGCCAUUUGACAAGUCCAGAAGCAUCAAAGAUGCUAUUACUUUUAGUGUCUAUUCUCUUCCUAAAUGGUCUCUUUUUAAGGCCUGUAUGUCAAGAGAAUUUCUUCUCAUGAAAAGGAAUGCUUUCAUUUAUGCAUUCAAAUCUAUCCAGCUCAUCACUAUAGCAUCUAUCAUGAUGACAGUGUUCUUGCGAACUCAGAUGGGUGUUGACAUUGUCCAUGCUAAUUAUUACAUGGGAGCUCUAUUUUAUUCUCUCAUCAUACUCCUUGUUGAUGGAUAUCCAGAGCUCUCGUUGACUGUUGAAAGACUUCCAGUUUUCUACAAACACAGAGACUUAAACUUCUACCCAGCUUGGGCAAGUGCUAUUCCAGCUGCCAUUCUUAAGAUUCCUUUGUCGUUGUUAGAAUCUGUUUUGUGGACAUCCUUAACUUAUUACUCCAUAGGGUAUACCCCUGAAGCUGGGAGAUUUUUCCGCCAAAUGAUAUUAUUUUUUGCUGUGCACUUGACCUCAAUAUCUUUGUUCCGUUUCCUGGCAUCUGUUGGCCGGACUAUGGUUGCAUCUGCUACAGCUGGCAGUUUAGCAUUAAUAUUUGUGUGUAUAUUUAGCGGCUUUGUGAUUCCAAAACCCUCCAUGCCACGUUGGUUAGUAUGGGGAUUUUGGAUUUCCCCUCUAACAUAUGGAGAGAUAGGUCUUUCAGUCAAUGAAUUUCUUGCACCAAGGUGGCAAAAGACUCGUGCAGAUAACUCAACAAUAGGACAAUUAAUCCUUGAAGAUCGGGGGUUAAACUUUGGUGGUUAUUUCUUUUGGAGAUCAGUUGGUGCUCUUUUUGGUUUUGCAGUGCUCUUUAACAUUGGGUUUACCUUGGCCUUAAGCUAUUUAAAACCUCCGGGAUCUCGCGCAAUCAUUUCAAGUGAAAAGCUCUCACGAAUAGAAGGUACUAAAGACAAAAACCUUACAGAAGCACGGUCCAAUAUUCCUAUUCCUGGCAAUAAUGCUGAAUCUCAACGAGGAAAGAUGAUUUUGCCCUUUGAACCUCUAACCGUAGCAUUUCAAAAUGUGCAAUACUACGUGGAAACCCCGACGGCAAUGAAAGAGCGUGGUUUUAAGCAAAAACAGCUGCAACUUCUUUGUAACAUCACUGGUGCAUUUAGACCUGGUGUUCUUACAGCACUUAUGGGUAUCAGUGGAGCUGGCAAAACAACACUUCUUGACGUUCUUGCUGGUAGAAAGACUAGUGGAACAGUGAAAGGAGAAAUUAAAAUUGGAGGGUAUCCUAAAGUUCAAAGGACAUUUGCUAGGAUUUCUGGUUACUGCGAGCAAACUGACAUACAUUCUCCUCAAAUUACCGUGGAAGAAUCACUUAUUUUUUCUGCUUGGCUGCGUCUCGAUCCACAGAUCAACUCAGAAAGAAAAUAUGACUUUGUGAAGGAAGUCCUCGAGACCAUUGAGCUUGAUCGAAUUAGAGAUGAGUUAGUGGGGAAGCCAGGUAUCAGUGGUCUAUCAACUGAGCAACGCAAGCGGCUCACCAUAGCCGUGGAGCUUGUCGCUAACCCCUCCAUCAUUUUUAUGGAUGAACCUACGACUGGACUGGAUGCUAGAGCAGCAGCUAUCGUCAUGCGUGCAGUAAAAAAUGUGACAAAUACUGGGAGAACAAUUGUUUGCACCAUUCACCAACCAAGUAUUGACAUAUUUGAGUCAUUUGACGAGUUACUUCUCUUGAAAACUGGUGGACGGAUGAUCUACUAUGGGCCGUUGGGGAGGAAUUCCUCUGAAGUAAUUGAAUACUUUCAGGGUAUAUCUGGGGUGCCAAGAAUCAAAGAUAGAUACAAUCCUGCCACGUGGAUGUUAGAGGUCACCUCGACAUCUUCAGAAGCUGAACUUGGAAUAGACUUUGCUGAGAUUUAUAAGAAUUCUGCUCUUUAUGAGACUAACAAUGAACUUGUAGAAAAUCUGAGUAAACCUCCUCCUGGUUCAAAAGAUUUGCAUUUUCCAACCCAGUACUCACAAAAUGGUUGGGGACAAUUCAAAGCCUGCCUCUGGAAGCAGCAUUUGUCUUAUUGGCGAAGUCCUACCUACAACCUGAUGCGAUUUAUACAUAUGCUUUUCACAUCUUCAAUUCUUGGAGUUCUAUUUUGGGGUCAAGGGAAGAACAUAAAUGAAGCACAGAACAUAUUCACUAUAUUUGCUUCAAUGUUUAGUGCCACAAUCUUCUCUGGCAUAAACAACUCCACUACAGUUUUACCCUAUGUGACCACAGAGAGAACUGUUUUCUAUAGAGAGAGGUUUGCCGGAAUGUAUGGCUCGUGGGCUUAUGCAGCUGCACAGGUCAUUAUCGAAGUUCCAUAUAUCUUCACCCAAGCACUCGCAUAUACAGUCAUCACAUAUCCGAUGAUUGGAUUCUAUUGGUCACCCUAUAAGGUGUUCUUGUACUUCUAUUCUAUGUUUUGUAUAUUAGCAUACUUCACUUAUCAGGGAAUGUUGCUAAUCUCUAUGACGCCAAGCAUUCCACUAGCUGCCAUUAUACAGUCAGUCUUCUACUUGAUGCUCAACCUGUUUUCUGGAUUCCUCAUUCCUCGCCCAGUAAGCGUUUCCUCUUUUCAUUAG